CAGCCAAGUCGGGGGGCGUGUUCAGAGAGGAGUUAGCCUCUGCUGUAGUGUGAGGACGAACCACCGCCGAAGGAAAAUGUCUUCAGUGCCUGACGGAAAGAAGCUGGUCCGGAGCCCCAGCGGCCUGCGCAUGGUGCCGGAAAACGGUGCCUUUAACAGCCCCUUCUCCCUGGACGAGCCACAGUGGGUCCCGGAUAAAGAGUGCCCGAGAUGUAUGCAGUGUGACACCAAGUUCGACUUCAUCAGAAGAAAGCAUCACUGUCGGCGGUGCGGCCGGUGUUUCUGCGAUAAGUGCUGCAGUAAGAAGGUGGUGCUGCCCCGCAUGUGCUUCGUCGAUCCGGUGCGACAGUGCGCCGAGUGCAGCCUGGUCUCUCAGAAGGAGAUGGAGUUCUACGACAAGCAGCUCAAAGUGCUCCUUGGAGGUGGCACCUUCGUUGUCACUUUGGGAACGUCAGAGAAGUCUGAAACCAUGACGUGUCGCCUCUCCAACAACCACAGGUAUCUGUUCCUCGACGGUGAAAGUCACUUCGAGGUGGAGUUGUCUCGGAUCUCCAGCAUGCAGAUUUUGACAGAUGGGACGAGUCCAGGAGAGAAUGACAUUCACACUUAUACCAGUCUGCUGGACAGUCACUGUAUCUCUGAAGGAGGGACGUCGCGGGCCACCGGCAUGCUGCUCCAAUACAAACCAAUGGGCUCUCAGGACGUCCAGCAGCUCCGCAUGGAGGCAGCAGACGACAAGAAAGUGGCCUCACUAUGGUUGGCUGCAAUGCACAAGGCGGCCAAACUUCUGUACGAAGCUCGGGACCAGUGAUGUGAAGACUGGACCCGCAGGCAGCACACACCCAAGUGUUUUCUACCCCGUCUCUCCGGGGGGGGGGGGGGUGGGUUGGUAUCGUUUGGAUUUUUAUUAACGCCAGUUCUGAUUCCGCUUAUCCGUCUGAUCCGGUUUCUUCAUCAGUUCUUGAUACCAGUUCUUAUCAUGGUAAUUUUUGCAAGAAAGAAAUGUUUAUAGAAAAGAAAAAAAAAAAACUUUAUUACCUCUAUAACAAGUACUUUGUACAUCAUGUUUACCACAACUACUGUAGGCUGGUUGUUGUAAUUUUUGUCACAUUUACAUCUCAGAGAGUUCUUUAAUCCUCUUUGAUUUAAUACAUAAAUCAGGGCAUGCAGCAUUAAUGUUUCUAAACUGAGCAGGAAAACAAGCUCUACAACAUCUGUCCAUAUCAGUCGAUAUUUGGAGGUUUCUAAUUCAAUUCCUUUUACUUUUUCAGAUUUGAUUUGGACAUUGUUUUUGUUUGCCAGAUGAUCCUUUUUAUAGUUACAGUAUGUUUUUCUGCACAAACAUUGAACUUUGAACGUUAUAACAUCCAUGAAAUGUGAUUAUUGACCUUCCAGAAACCAUUUUCAUAACUUCAGAUCAAGGCACAGUUGUUUCAUGACGACAUAAUAUUUUAUAUGCUGCUGUUAAUUUGUUUAUUUGUCAGCGAGGAUUUUGUUUCCUGAUGGAGGUAAUGAGACACUUUACGGAUCCCUGUAGGGACUUUUUUAUUUUCAUUUUGCUGCUUCCUCAGAGAUCAGCUAAACAACACCAAGUAGGGACUGAAUGUCUUGUUCAAAGGACCUUCAGUGGGAAGGAACCAAUUUGAACCCAGAUCUUCCAGGUGAAGCAUUUAGGUCUUCCUCUAUGGGAACUUAACAACCAGUAACCUGAAGCGUCCUGUAACUGGAACUUUUCAGAUGCUUAAGGCUUUAAGCCAAAGUCCUUGUUUCCACUGUGUUUUAUGGCAACAACAGAGCAAAUAUUUUCAUUUUCAUGCUGUGUUUACACAGGAGGAAGAGUGUGAGCACAGGAUGCGUUCAGGCACAAUGAGAAAUGCAGGUCACCUGUGUUUUGGCAGCGCGCCGAAGCCUAAACACCAUCACUAUAGUGACGUGUCUAAAAUGAAAGAAAAUAGACCUGAAGCGCAAAAAUAAGCUUCAGACGCACGUGAAGGAGACGAAGGCUGAAACGCUUUUUGUGUAGACACGCUGCCAUGUGCUGACGGACAGCUAUGGUUAAUAUUUACUUUCCUUUACAUACACUUUUAAACAUCAGUAUCAUUAAAUGCAUGAAACAUCCCCACCUGUAGGAGGAGUUCGGCAGAACAGAGCAAAGAGAGAGAUACCAGCAUCAGACCAGUUCUGCAGAGCUCGACGCGUCCCUGGAGACAGAUAGCAUUAACCCGCUACUUAGUGGAAAAAAACAUUAACUAUUUGAAGCAUUACAAGAUUCUGAAAAUACCUACACAACCCAAACGUUGCAGGGAAAUAUAUUUAAACUGGUAGCUUACUCUGCAACACUGCAACACUUCCUUGCAGUUUUUAGCUAAACACAAAUUCAGCAUCGUUUGUUUUUGUGAUGUUUAUCUUAAUGCAAACGAGUUGUUGCAUUGUGGCGGACAAAUUUAGGUUCAGAAACGCAGCCCUAAAGCUGCACAGUGGAAUCAAAAGCAGAAACCGUGUCAAUGGCUAAUUAAUUUUCAGGUUGUUGAGUCAUGUAGUGGAAAAGGCCUAAUUGUCUCACCCAGGUUGAAGGACAAAUUUACCUUAAAACCCUUUAACGCAGGUAGAAAAGCAGCUAUCUGUGAUGAGCUCUGCAUGUUUUAAACCUUCUUAAAUAUUAUACAGAGAGACGUCCAUCAGAAAAGAGGCUCAAAGGGCGUUUUAUACACCCACAGGAGCAGGAAAUACAGCAGAAUGCAGUGGUAGGUUGUAUUCGGGCAUUCUGGGAAAUGUAGGAUUCUCAAACUUGAAGCAGAAAAACAUUCACGACAAAAUGAUUGCUGAAAUUUUAAAGAACAUCACAGGUUUAUCUCCAGUUUCUAUAAGAGUGACGUCGCAUGCUGGAUUUUUUCCUUUUUAAGGGAUCGACUUGUCGUCACAGUUUUAGAGUAAAAGAGAUGAAAGUUCAGAGUCAUUUGCUUCAGGCGACAACGUUUCUGUUUCUUCUCUGUAAGUCGUGUUUAUAACUCUGCUCUAUGCUACAAGUAUUUACAGAUUUAAAUCUUUAGGCGUCAGUGUCUAAGGAAAUCUACAGACUAUUCACUGAUUCUAGUGAAGUAUAAACACACACAGACAUAAAAAAAUGCUUUAAAUGUA